AUGGAGGACUCCAUGGAAAUGGACAUGAGCCCCCUCCGGCCCCAGAAUUUCCUUUUUGGUUGUGAACUAAAGGCUGAAAAAGAUUAUCAUUUUAAGGUAGAUAAUGAUGAAAAUGAGCACCAGUUGUCAUUGAGGACUGUGAAUCUAGGGGCUGGUGCAAAGGAUGAAUUGCAUAUUGUUGAAGCAGAGGCACUGAACUAUGAAGGAAACCCAAUUAAAGUAACACUGGCAUCUUUGAAAAUGUCUGUUCAGCCUACCGUUUCCCUAGGUGGCUUUGAGAUUACACCACCAGUAGUUUUGCGGUUAAAAUGUGGUUCAGGGCCUGUACAUGUGAGUGGCCAGCACUUAGUAGCACUGGAGGAAGAUGCAGAAUCGGAUGAUGAAGAGGAAGAUGAUAUGAAACUCCUAAACAUGUCUGGGAAAAGAUCUGCUCCUGGAGUUGGUAGCAAGGUUCCACAGAAAAAAGUAAAAUUGUCUGAAGAAGAUGAAGAAGACGAUGAAGAUGAAGAUGAUGAUGAUGAUGAUGACUUUGAAGAUGAGGAAAGUGAAGAAAAGACCCCUCCAGUGAAGAAAUCUGUUCAUGAUACUGCAGCAAAAAAUGCACAAAAAUCAAACCAGAAUGGAAAAGAUUCAAAGCCGUCCACACCAAAAGCAAAGGGUCAAGAUUCCUUCAAAAAGCAGGACAAGACUCCCAAAGGACCCACUUCUCUAGAGGAUAUUAAAGCAAAAAUGCAGGCAAGCAUUGAAAAGGGUGGUUCCCUCCCAAAAGUGGAAGGCAAAUUCAUCAAUUGCUUCCGGAUGUCUGAUCAGGAGGCUAUUCAAGAUCUCUGGCUGUGGAGGAAAUCUCUUUAAGAAAAUAAGUUUGAACAGUUUGUUAAAAUUUUCCGUCUUAUUUCUGUAACAGUUGAUAUCUGGCUGUCCUUUUUAUAAUGCAGAGUGAGAACUUUCCCUACCGUGUCUGAUAAAUGUCGUCCAGAUUACUUUGCCAAGAAUGUGUUGUCCAAAAUGCCUAUUUAGUUUUCAAAGAUGGAACUCCACUCUU